GCGCGGCGCACUCGCUCAGAGGGCCGGGGCCGAGCGGUCCGGGCUGCCGGCAGGCGCACGAAGCAGGCGCGGUUGGGCUGCGGGGACGCCCGACCGCGUCCUCCGGGCCGGGUCGCGCUCUUCCUUCCCAGUGCGGCGCAGAGAGGCUCCCGCCUCCGCCGCCCCCACGCGCCUGCUCCUCCGCUCGCUGCCGAAGACCGCGGGGCGCUCGGCCCCCAGCCGCUGCGGCGCCCUCCAGGCCCGGCUCCGCGUAGCGGCAGCGGCGGGAGGCAGCGCGAGGGGCCGCGGCCGCCGGGCUCCUCGGGGCUCGGGAGCCCGCCCCAGAGAGAAGGCGCGCAGCCAUGGCCGAUGGGGGCGAGGGCGAGGAUGAGAUCCAGUUCCUGCGAACUGAUGAUGAAGUGGUUCUGCAGUGCACGGCCACCAUCCACAAAGAGCAACAGAAACUAUGUUUGGCAGCAGAAGGAUUUGGCAACAGACUCUGUUUCUUGGAGUCCACUUCGAAUUCCAAGAAUGUUCCCCCAGACCUCUCCAUCUGUACAUUUGUGCUGGAACAAUCCCUUUCUGUCCGAGCUCUGCAGGAGAUGCUGGCUAACACGGUGGCGAAGUCAGAAGGGGCAAUUGAUGUGGAAAAAUGGAAAUUCAUGAUGAAGACUGCUCAGGGUGGUGGCCACCGAACACUUCUCUACGGACACGCCAUACUGCUACGCCAUUCCUACAGUGGCAUGUAUCUCUGCUGCCUGUCCACCUCCCGGUCUUCAACUGAUAAACUGGCCUUUGAUGUUGGCUUGCAAGAGGACACAACAGGUGAGGCUUGCUGGUGGACUAUCCAUCCUGCCUCAAAGCAGCGAUCCGAAGGAGAAAAAGUACGUGUUGGAGACGACCUCAUCUUAGUCAGUGUGUCCUCUGAAAGGUACUUGCACUUGUCUUACGGCAACGGUAGCUUGCAUGUGGACGCUGCUUUCCAGCAGACUCUCUGGAGCGUGGCCCCAAUCAGCUCAGGAAGUGAAGCAGCCCAAGGGUAUCUGAUUGGUGGUGAUGUGCUCAGGUUGCUGCACGGACACAUGGACGAAUGCCUCACAGUCCCUUCAGGAGAACACGGCGAAGAGCAGCGGAGAACUGUUCAUUAUGAAGGUGGUGCUGUAUCUGUUCAUGCACGUUCCCUAUGGAGACUAGAGACACUAAGAGUUGCGUGGAGUGGGAGCCACAUAAGAUGGGGCCAGCCUUUUCGACUACGCCAUGUCACAACAGGAAAAUACUUGAGUCUCAUGGAAGACAAAAACCUUCUACUCAUGGACAAAGAAAAAGCUGAUGUGAAAUCAACAGCAUUUACCUUCCGAUCUUCCAAGGAAAAAUUGGAUGUAGGCAUAAGGAAAGAAGUCGAUGGAAUGGGAACAUCUGAAAUAAAAUAUGGAGACUCAGUAUGCUAUAUACAGCACAUAAAUACAGGCCUGUGGUUGACUUACCAGUCUGUGGAUGUGAAAUCUGUGAGAAUGGGGUCCAUCCAACGUAAGGCUAUUAUGCAUCAUGAAGGCCACAUGGAUGAUGGCUUAAAUUUAUCUAGAUCUCAGCAUGAAGAGUCACGGACAGCACGGGUCAUCCGGAGCACAGUCUUCCUUUUCAAUAGAUUUAUCAGGGGUCUUGAUGCUCUCAGCAAAAAAAUGAAGGCUUCCACAGUAGACUUGCCUAUAGAGUCUGUAAGUCUAAGUCUGCAGGACCUGAUUGGCUACUUCCACCCACCGGAUGAGCAUUUAGAGCAUGAAGACAAGCAGAACAGAUUACGAGCUCUAAAGAAUCGGCAGAAUCUCUUCCAAGAAGAGGGAAUGAUCAACCUUGUGCUUGAGUGCAUAGACAGACUGCACAUUUACAGCAGUGCCGCACACUUUGCUGAUGUUGCUGGGAGAGAAGCAGGGGAGUCUUGGAAAUCGAUUCUGAAUUCUCUGUAUGAGUUGUUGGCGGCUUUAAUUAGAGGAAAUCGUAAAAACUGUGCUCAAUUUUCUGGCUCCCUUGACUGGUUAAUCAGCCGAUUGGAAAGACUGGAAGCUUCUUCUGGUAUUCUCGAAGUUUUACACUGUGUGUUAGUAGAAAGUCCAGAAGCUCUAAAUAUUAUUAAAGAAGGACAUAUUAAAUCUAUUAUCUCACUUUUAGACAAGCAUGGAAGAAAUCACAAGGUUCUGGAUGUUUUAUGCUCUCUCUGUGUUUGCCAUGGAGUAGCAGUACGCUCUAACCAGCACCUGAUAUGUGACAACCUCCUGCCAGGACGAGAUCUGUUACUGCAGACACGCCUUGUGAACCAUGUCAGCAGCAUGAGGCCCAAUAUUUUUCUGGGUGUCAGUGAAGGCUCUGCUCAGUAUAAGAAAUGGUACUAUGAACUGAUGGUGGACCACACAGAGCCAUUUGUAACAGCUGAGGCGACUCACCUGCGAGUAGGCUGGGCUUCCACGGAAGGGUAUUCUCCCUACCCCGGAGGAGGGGAAGAGUGGGGUGGAAACGGUGUUGGCGAUGACCUCUUCUCCUAUGGAUUCGAUGGCCUACAUCUCUGGGCAGGUUGCAUCGCUCGUACUGUGAGCUCACCAAACCAGCAUCUACUGAGAACUGAUGAUGUCAUCAGUUGCUGUUUGGAUCUAAGUGCCCCCAGCAUCUCCUUCCGAAUUAAUGGACAGCCUGUUCAAGGAAUGUUUGAGAAUUUCAACAUUGAUGGCCUCUUCUUUCCAGUCGUUAGUUUCUCUGCAGGAAUAAAGGCACGCUUUCUGCUUGGUGGAAGACAUGGAGAAUUUAAAUUCCUCCCUCCACCUGGGUAUGCACCUUGUUAUGAAGCUGUUCUGCCAAAAGAAAAGUUGAAAGUAGAAAAUAGCCGAGAAUACAAGCAGGAAAGAAGUUCUACACGGGAUCUACUGGGCCCCACAGUUUCCCUGACACAAGCCGCCUUCACACCAAUCCCUGUGGAUACCAGCCAGAUUGUGUUGCCUCCUCACCUAGAGAGAAUAAGAGAAAAACUGGCAGAGAAUAUCCAUGAACUCUGGGUUAUGAAUAAAAUUGAACUUGGCUGGCAGUAUGGUCCGGUUAGGGAUGACAAUAAGAGACAACACCCGUGUCUGGUGGAGUUCUCCAAGCUGCCUGAACAGGAGCGCAAUUACAACUUACAGAUGUCGCUUGAGACCCUGAAGACUUUGUUGGCAUUAGGAUGUCAUGUGGGUAUCUCAGAUGAACAUGCUGAAGAAAAAGUGAAAAAAAUGAAGCUACCCAAGAAUUACCAGCUGACAAGUGGAUAUAAGCCUGCCCCCAUGGACCUGAGCUUUAUCAAACUCACCCCAUCUCAGGAAGCGAUGGUGGACAAGUUGGCAGAAAAUGCUCAUAACGUGUGGGCCCGGGAUCGAAUCCGGCAGGGCUGGACUUACGGCAUCCAGCAGGAUGUAAAGAAUAGAAGAAACCCCCGCCUUGUUCCCUACGCCCUUCUCGAUGACCGAACCAAGAAGUCUAAUAAGGACAGCCUCCGCGAGGCCGUGCGCACCCUGCUGGGGUACGGCUACAACCUGGAGGCGCCGGAUCAAGAUCAUGCUGCCAGAGCUGACGUGUGUAGUGGCACAGGAGAAAGGUUCCGAAUCUUCCGUGCUGAGAAAACCUAUGCUGUGAAGGCGGGAAGGUGGUAUUUUGAAUUCGAAGCUGUCACUGCUGGAGACAUGAGAGUCGGCUGGAGCAGGCCAGGUUGUCAACCUGAUCAGGAGCUUGGCUCCAAUGAACGUGCCUUCGCUUUUGAUGGCUUCAAGGCCCAGCGGUGGCACCAGGGCAAUGAGCACUACGGGCGCUCUUGGCAAGCAGGCGAUGUUGUGGGGUGUAUGGUUGACAUGGCGGAACAUACCAUGAUCUUCACCCUGAACGGCGAAAUCCUCCUGGAUGAUUCAGGCUCAGAACUGGCUUUCAAGGACUUUGAUGUUGGUGACGGAUUCAUUCCUGUAUGUAGCCUUGGAGUGGCUCAAGUGGGCAGGAUGAACUUUGGAAAGGAUGUGAGCACCUUGAAGUAUUUCACCAUCUGUGGCUUACAAGAGGGCUAUGAACCAUUUGCUGUUAAUACAAACAGGGAUAUUACCAUGUGGCUAAGCAAGAGGCUUCCUCAGUUUCUCCAAGUUCCAUCAAACCAUGAACAUAUUGAGGUGACCAGAAUCGACGGCACCAUUGACAGUUCCCCAUGUUUGAAGGUCACGCAGAAGUCCUUUGGUUCUCAGGACAGCAGCACUGACCUCAUGUUUUACCGCCUGAGCAUGCCCAUUGAAUGUGCAGAGGUCUUCUCCAGGGCUGCGGCUGGCGGGCUCCCUGGUGCUGGUCUCUUUGGGCCCAAGAGUGACUUGGAGGAUUAUGAUGCAGAUUCCGACUUCGAGGUUCUCAUGAAGACGGCUCAUGGCCAUCUGGUGCCUGAUCGGGGAGACAAAGACAAAGAAGCUACAAAAGCAGAGUUUAAUAACCACAAAGAUUAUGCUCAGGAAAAGCCCUCUCGUCUGAAACAAAGAUUUCUGCUUAGAAGAACAAAGCCAGAUUACAGCACAAGCCAUUCUGCAAGACUCACUGAAGACGUCCUUGCAGACGAUCGGGACGACUAUGACUACUUGAUGCAAACAUCCACGUAUUAUUACUCAGUGAGAAUCUUUCCUGGACAAGAACCUGCUAAUGUCUGGGUAGGCUGGAUUACCUCAGAUUUCCAUCAGUAUGAUGCAGGCUUUGACUUGGACAAAGUUCGUACAGUAACUGUUACUCUUGGAGAUGAGAAAGGAAAAGUGCAUGAAAGCAUCAAACGCAGCAACUGCUACAUGGUGUGUGCAGGCGAGAGCAUGAGUCCCGGGCAAGGACGUAACAAUAAUGGCCUGGAGAUCGGCUGCGUGGUGGACGCUGCCAGCGGGCUGCUGACGUUCACUGCCAACAGCAAGGAACUGAGCACGUACUAUCAGGUGGAGCCAAGUACAAAAUUAUUUCCUGCUGUUUUUGCCCAAGCUACAAGUCCCAGUGUUUUUCAGUUUGAGUUGGGGAGAGUAAAGAAUGUGAUGCCUCUCUCAGCGGGUUUAUUCAAGAGCGAGCACAAAAACCCUGUGCCACAGUGUCCCCCGCGUCUCCACGUGCAGUUUCUGUCACACGUGCUGUGGAGCAGAAUGCCCAACCAGUUCCUGAAGGUGGAUGUCUCUCGAAUAAGUGAGCGCCAAGGCUGGCUGGUGCAGUGUUUGGAUCCUCUGCAGUUCAUGUCCCUUCACAUCCCAGAGGAGAACAGAUCCGUUGACAUUUUGGAAUUGACAGAGCAGGAAGAGUUGCUGAAAUUCCACUACCACACGCUGCGGCUGUACUCAGCCGUCUGUGCCCUUGGGAACCACCGGGUGGCCCACGCCUUGUGCAGCCAUGUGGAUGAACCGCAGCUCCUCUAUGCCAUUGAAAACCAGUACAUGCCCGGUUUGCUGCGUGCCGGCUACUAUGACCUGCUGAUUGACAUCCACCUUAGCUCCUACGCCACUGCGAGGCUUAUGAUGAACAACGAGUUCAUUGUGCCCAUGACGGAGGAGACCAAGAGCAUCACCCUCUUCCCUGAUGAGAACAAAAAGCAUGGCCUCCCAGGGAUCGGCCUCAGUACCUCCCUCAGGCCACGGAUACAAUUUUCCUCCCCAGGUUUUGUAAGCAUUAAUAAUGAGUGUUACCAGUACAGUCCAGAGUUCCCACUGGACAUCCUAAAGGCCAAAACCAUCCAGAUGCUGACAGAAGCUGUGAAAGAGGGCAGCCUUCAUGCCCGGGACCCAGUCGGAGGGACCACUGAGUUCCUCUUUGUUCCACUCAUCAAGCUUUUCUAUACCCUGCUCAUCAUGGGGAUCUUCCACAAUGAGGACUUGAAACACAUCUUGCAAUUGAUUGAGCCCAGUGUGUUCAAGGAAGCUGCCGCUCCAGAUGAGGAGAGCGAAGUGCUGGAGAAAGAGCCAUGCAAGGAAGACACACAGUCGGAAAGAGCUGGUGAGAAAGAAGCCAGAGUGGGCAAGAGACCCAAGGAAGGCCUGCUCCAAAUGAAACUGCCCGAGCCCGUUAAAUUGCAGAUGUGCCUACUGCUUCAAUACCUCUGUGACUGCCAGGUCCGGCACCGGAUAGAAGCCAUUGUGGCCUUUUCAGAUGACUUUGUAGCAAAACUUCAAGACAAUCAGCGUUUCCGAUACAAUGAAGUUAUGCAAGCCUUAAACAUGUCAGCUGCCCUCACAGCCAGGAAAACAAAGGAAUUCAGGUCACCACCUCAGGAACAGAUCAAUAUGCUUCUCAAUUUUAAGGAUGACAAAAGUGAAUGUCCAUGUCCUGAAGAAAUCCGAGACCAACUCUUGGAUUUUCAUGAAGAUUUGAUGACACAUUGUGGAAUUGAGUUGGAUGAAGAUGGGUCACUGGAUGGAAACAGUGAUUUAACAAUCAGAGGGCGCCUUCUAUCCCUGGUAGAAAAGGUGACAUACCUUAAGAAGAAACAAGCUGAGAAACCAGUUGCAAGAGACUCCAAGAAGUCCUCCACUCUUCAGCAGUUGAUUUCUGAGACCAUGGUCCGAUGGGCUCAAGAAUCUGUCAUUGAAGACCCUGAGCUGGUGAGGGCCAUGUUUGUGCUGCUCCAUCGACAGUAUGAUGGCAUUGGAGGUCUGGUUCGGGCUCUGCCAAAGACUUACACUAUAAAUGGUGUCUCCGUGGAAGAUACCAUUAACCUGCUGGCAUCUCUUGGUCAGAUUCGUUCUCUGCUGAGUGUAAGAAUGGGCAAAGAAGAAGAGAAACUUAUGAUUCGUGGAUUAGGAGAUAUCAUGAAUAAUAAAGUGUUUUACCAGCACCCUAAUCUCAUGAGGGCGCUGGGAAUGCAUGAGACAGUGAUGGAGGUCAUGGUGAAUGUCCUUGGAGGCGGAGAGUCCAAGGAAAUCACUUUUCCCAAGAUGGUGGCCAACUGUUGCCGUUUCCUCUGUUACUUCUGCCGUAUAAGUAGGCAGAAUCAGAAAGCUAUGUUUGACCAUCUCAGUUACUUAUUGGAAAAUAGCAGUGUUGGUCUCGCCUCACCAGCUAUGAGAGGGUCAACACCACUGGAUGUAGCCGCAGCCUCGGUGAUGGAUAAUAAUGAACUAGCCUUAGCUUUGCGUGAGCCAGACCUGGAAAAGGUAGUUCGAUAUUUGGCUGGUUGUGGACUGCAAAGUUGCCAGAUGCUUGUGUCUAAGGGUUACCCCGACAUUGGGUGGAAUCCAGUUGAAGGAGAGAGAUAUCUUGACUUUCUCAGAUUUGCUGUCUUCUGUAAUGGUGAGAGUGUGGAAGAGAACGCAAAUGUGGUGGUGAGACUGCUCAUCCGGAGGCCGGAAUGUUUCGGUCCUGCUUUGAGAGGGGAAGGGGGGGAUGGUCUCCUUGCAGCCAUGGAAGAAGCCAUAAAAAUAGCAGAGGAUCCUUCUCGAGAUGGUCCCUCACCCACUAGUGGAUCCAGUAAAACACUUGAUACAGAAGAGGAGGAAGAUGACACUAUCCACAUGGGGAAUGCCAUCAUGACCUUUUAUGCAGCUCUGAUUGACUUGUUAGGACGCUGUGCUCCUGAAAUGCAUUUGAUUCAUGCUGGUAAGGGAGAGGCUAUCAGAAUCAGGUCAAUUUUGAGAUCCCUAAUUCCACUGGGAGAUUUGGUGGGAGUAAUCAGCAUUGCUUUCCAGAUGCCAACUAUCGCCAAAGAUGGGAAUGUGGUGGAGCCAGACAUGUCUGCAGGGUUUUGCCCAGAUCACAAGGCAGCCAUGGUUUUGUUCCUUGACAGGGUCUAUGGAAUUGAGGUUCAAGAUUUCCUCCUCCAUCUUCUUGAGGUUGGCUUUCUGCCAGAUCUCCGAGCAGCUGCUUCUUUAGAUACAGCUGCUUUGAGUGCCACAGACAUGGCCUUGGCCCUCAAUCGGUACCUUUGCACAGCUGUGUUGCCUUUGUUAACAAGAUGUGCUCCUCUUUUUGCUGGCACAGAGCACCAUGCUUCCCUCAUCGACUCAUUACUUCACACUGUAUAUAGACUUUCUAAAGGCUGCUCACUUACCAAAGCUCAGCGGGAUUCCAUAGAAGUUUGUUUACUCUCUAUUUGUGGCCAGUUGAGACCUUCUAUGAUGCAGCACUUACUCAGAAGAUUUGUAUUUGAUAUCCCAUUAUUAAAUGAACACGCAAAGAUGCCUCUUAAGCUGCUGACUAAUCAUUAUGAAAGAUGCUGGAAAUAUUACUGCCUGCCUGGAGGGUGGGGAAACUUUGGAGCUGCCUCCGAAGAAGAACUUCAUUUAUCAAGAAAAUUGUUCUGGGGCAUUUUUGACGCCUUGUCUCAAAAGAAAUAUGAACAAGAGCUUUUCAGACUGGCACUACCUUGCCUGAGUGCCGUUGCAGGAGCUUUGCCUCCAGACUACAUGGAGUCAAAUUAUGUCAGUAUGAUGGAAAAGCAGUCAUCAAUGGAUUCUGAAGGAAACUUUAACCCACAACCUGUUGAUACCUCAAAUAUUACAAUUCCUGAGAAGUUGGAAUACUUCAUUAACAAAUAUGCAGAGCAUUCCCACGACAAAUGGUCAAUGGACAAGUUGGCAAAUGGAUGGAUUUAUGGAGAAAUAUAUUCUGACUCAUCUAAAGUUCAACCAUUAAUGAAGCCCUUUAAACUAUUAUCUGAAAAGGAGAAAGAAAUUUAUCGCUGGCCAAUCAAAGAAUCUUUAAAAACCAUGCUGGCCUGGGGUUGGAGGAUUGCAAGAACGCGGGAGGGAGACAGCAUGGCCCUUUACAACCGGACCCGCCGCAUUUCUCAGACAAGCCAGGUUUCUGUAGAUGCUGCCCAUGGUUAUAGCCCCCGAGCCAUUGACAUGAGCAACGUCACACUAUCGAGAGAUUUGCACGCUAUGGCAGAAAUGAUGGCAGAAAAUUACCAUAAUAUAUGGGCAAAGAAAAAGAAAAUGGAAUUGGAGUCCAAAGGAGGUGGAAACCAUCCCCUGCUGGUACCUUAUGAUACACUAACAGCCAAAGAGAAAGCCAAGGAUAGGGAAAAAGCACAGGAUAUCCUCAAGUUCUUGCAGAUUAAUGGAUAUGCCGUAUCCAGGGGAUUCACAGACCUGGAAUUGGACACUCCUUCUAUUGAGAAACGAUUUGCCUAUAGUUUCCUACAGCAACUCAUUCGCUACGUGGAUGAAGCCCAUCAGUACAUCUUGGAGUUUGAUGGUGGCAGCAGAACCAAAGGAGAGCAGUUCCCUUACGAACAAGAAAUCAAGUUCUUUGCUAAAGUCGUUCUUCCUUUAAUUGAUCAGUAUUUCAAAAACCAUCGUUUAUACUUCUUAUCAGCAGCAAGCAGACCUCUCUGUUCUGGAGGACAUGCAGCAAACAAAGAGAAAGAAAUGGUGACUAGCCUAUUCUGCAAACUUGGAGUUCUUGUCAGGCAUAGGAUUUCACUAUUUGGGAAUGAUGCAACAUCAAUUGUCAACUGUCUUCAUAUUUUGGGUCAGACUUUGGAUGCAAGGACUGUGAUGAAGACGGGCCUGGAGAGCGUGAAAAGCGCGCUCAGGGCUUUUCUGGACAAUGCUGCAGAGGACCUGGAGAAGACAAUGGAGAACCUUAAGCAGGGCCAGUUCACCCACACCCGAAACCAACCCAAAGGUGUUACUCAGAUUAUCAAUUAUACCACAGUGGCACUGUUGCCCAUGCUGUCAUCGUUAUUUGAGCACAUUGGCCAGCAUCAGUUCGGAGAAGAUCUAAUAUUGGAAGAUGUACAGGUGUCAUGUUACAGAAUUCUGACGAGCCUAUAUGCUUUGGGAACCAGCAAGAGUAUUUAUGUGGAAAGGCAACGUUCUGCAUUAGGAGAAUGUCUGGCCGCUUUUGCUGCAGCGUUUCCUGUAGCGUUUCUGGAAACUCAUCUUGACAAACAUAAUAUUUACUCCAUCUACAAUACCAAGUCUUCACGAGAGAGAGCAGCUCUCAAUUUGCCAAGUAAUGUGGAAGACAUUUGUCCUAAUAUACCGUCUCUGGAGAAGCUCAUGGAAGAAAUUGUGGAAUUAGCCGAGUCUGGUAUCCGCUACACACAGAUGCCACACGUGAUGGAAGUCGUCCUGCCCAUGCUCUGUAGCUACGUGUCGCGCUGGUGGGAGCACGGGCCGGAGAACAACCCAGACAGGGCAGAGAGGUGCUGCACGGCUCUCCGCUCAGAGCACAUGAACACACUUCUGGGGAAUAUACUGAAAAUCAUAUACAAUAACCUGGGAAUUGAUGAGGGAGCCUGGAUGAAGAGGUUAGCAGUAUUUUCCCAGCCUAUUAUAAAUAAAGUGAAACCUCAGCUCUUGAAAACUCAUUUCUUGCCAUUAAUGGAGAAACUCAAGAAGAAGGCAGCGAUGGUGGUCUCUGAGGAAGACCACCUGAAAGCCGAGGCGAGGGGGGACAUGUCCGAGGCUGAACUUCUCAUUCUAGAUGAGUUCACCACACUGGCCAGAGACCUCUACGCCUUCUAUCCCCUCUUGAUUAGAUUUGUGGACUACAACAGGGCAAAGUGGCUAAAAGAGCCUAACCCAGAGGCGGAGGAUCUUUUCCGCAUGGUGGCAGAAGUGUUUAUCUACUGGUCAAAGUCCCACAAUUUCAAAAGAGAAGAGCAGAACUUUGUGGUACAGAAUGAGAUCAACAAUAUGUCUUUCCUCAUUACUGACACCAAGUCAAAGAUGUCUAAGGCAGCUCUUUCUGAUCAGGAAAGGAAGAAAAUGAAGCGCAAAGGAGAUCGGUAUUCCAUGCAGACCUCUCUUAUUGUGGCGGCUCUGAAGCGAUUACUGCCCAUUGGUUUGAACAUUUGUGCCCCUGGGGACCAGGAGCUUAUUGCUCUGGCCAAAAAUCGAUUUAGUAUGAAAGACACUGAGGAUGAAGUCCGAGAUAUAAUCCGCAGUAAUAUUCAUUUACAAGGCAAGUUGGAGGAUCCUGCUAUUAGAUGGCAAAUGGCUCUUUACAAAGACUUACCAAACAGAACAGAAGAUACUUCAGAUCCAGAGAAGACAGUUGAAAGAGUAUUGGAUAUAGCAAAUGUGCUUUUUCAUCUUGAACAGGUGGAGCAUCCUCAGAGGUCUAAGAAGGCCGUGUGGCACAAACUGCUCUCCAAGCAGAGGAAAAGGGCCGUGGUAGCUUGCUUCCGAAUGGCUCCUUUAUAUAAUCUGCCACGGCAUCGGGCUGUCAAUCUCUUUCUUCAGGGAUAUGAAAAAUCUUGGAUUGAAACAGAAGAACAUUACUUUGAAGAUAAACUGAUAGAAGAUUUAGCAAAACCUGGAAUGGAACCUCCAGAAGAUGAUGAAGGCACUAAGAGAGUUGAUCCUUUACAUCAGCUGAUCCUUCUGUUCAGUCGAACGGCUUUAACAGAGAAAUGCAAACUGGAGGAAGAUUUUUUAUAUAUGGCUUAUGCAGAUAUUAUGGCAAAGAGUUGUCAUGAUGAGGAAGAUGAUGAUGGUGAAGAAGAAGUGAAGAGUUUUGAAGAAAAGGAAAUGGAAAAGCAAAAGCUUCUCUACCAACAAGCCAGGCUCCACGACCGCGGUGCUGCUGAGAUGGUUCUGCAGACCAUCAGUGCCAGCAAAGGUGAAACUGGACCAAUGGUAGCUGCUACUUUGAAACUUGGAAUUGCCAUCUUGAAUGGUGGGAACUCUACAGUACAGCAGAAAAUGCUUGACUACCUCAAGGAGAAAAAGGAUGUGGGCUUCUUUCAGAGCCUGGCCGGGCUGAUGCAGUCAUGCAGUGUCCUUGAUUUAAAUGCAUUUGAACGACAAAACAAAGCUGAAGGACUUGGAAUGGUGACAGAGGAAGGAUCAGGAGAAAAGGUGCUGCAGGAUGAUGAGUUCACCUGUGACCUCUUCCGCUUCUUACAGCUGCUUUGUGAGGGACACAACUCAGAUUUCCAGAAUUAUCUGAGAACUCAGACUGGCAAUAAUACAACCGUCAACAUAAUUAUCUCCACUGUAGACUACCUGCUGAGGGUUCAGGAAUCAAUUAGCGAUUUCUAUUGGUAUUACUCUGGGAAAGAUGUUAUUGAUGAACAAGGACAACGGAAUUUCUCCAAAGCAAUUCAAGUAGCAAAACAAGUCUUUAACACUGUUACAGAGUAUAUUCAAGGGCCCUGCACUGGGAAUCAGCAGAGCCUGGCCCACAGCAGGCUAUGGGAUGCAGUGGUGGGCUUUCUUCAUGUAUUUGCCCACAUGCAGAUGAAGUUGUCUCAGGAUUCCAGUCAAAUUGAGCUAUUAAAAGAAUUAAUGGACCUUCAGAAGGAUAUGGUUGUCAUGCUGCUGUCCAUGUUAGAAGGUAAUGUUGUUAACGGAACCAUUGGCAAGCAGAUGGUCGAUAUGCUCGUGGAAUCUUCCAACAAUGUGGAGAUGAUUCUCAAGUUUUUUGACAUGUUCUUGAAACUAAAGGAUUUGACAUCUUCAGAUACUUUUAAAGAAUAUGAUCCCGAUGGCAAGGGAGUCAUUUCCAAGAGAGACUUCCAUAAAGCGAUGGAGAGCCAUAAGCACUACACGCAGUCUGAAACCGAGUUCCUUCUGUCCUGCGCAGAGACCGACGAGAACGAAACCCUUGAUUAUGAAGAGUUUGUCAAACGGUUCCACGAGCCUGCCAAGGACAUUGGCUUCAACGUCGCUGUCCUUCUAACAAAUCUUUCUGAGCACAUGCCCAAUGAUACGCGGCUGCAGACCUUCCUGGAAUUAGCAGAGAGUGUGCUGAAUUACUUCCAGCCCUUUCUGGGCCGCAUUGAGAUCAUGGGAAGUGCCAAACGCAUUGAGAGGGUUUACUUUGAAAUCAGUGAGUCCAGCCGAACCCAGUGGGAGAAACCCCAGGUCAAGGAGUCCAAAAGGCAGUUCAUCUUUGAUGUGGUCAAUGAAGGAGGAGAAAAAGAGAAGAUGGAACUUUUUGUUAACUUCUGUGAGGACACCAUAUUUGAGAUGCAGCUGGCAGCUCAGAUCUCAGAGUCGGACUUGAGCGAGAGGUCAGCAAAUAAGGAAGAAAGUGAGAAGGAGAAGCCCGAAGAGCAGGGGCCGAGAAUGGGUUUCUUUUCCGUUCUGACGGUCAAGUCGGCCCUGUUUGCUCUCAGGUAUAAUGUCUUGACCUUGAUGCGAAUGCUCAGCUUAAAGAGUCUGAAGAAACAGAUGAAAAAAGUGAAGAAGAUGACCGUGAAAGACAUGGUGACGGCCUUCUUUUCCUCCUACUGGAGUGUCUUUGUGAACCUCCUGCACUUCGUGGCCAGCGUUUUCAGAGGCUUCUUCCGCAUCGUUUGUAGCUUGCUGCUGGGAGGAAGCCUAGUAGAAGGUGCAAAAAAGAUCAAAGUGGCAGAACUCUUGGCCAACAUGCCAGACCCCACACAGGAUGAGGUGCGGGGAGAUGGAGAGGAAGGGGAAAGGAAAGCCCUGGACAGCGCCCUGCCCUCGGAGGACCUGACGGAUCUAAAGGACCUGACAGAGGAAAGCGACCUCCUUUCAGACAUAUUUGGCUUGGAUCUGAAGCGAGAAGGAGGACAGUACAAACUUAUUCCUCAUAAUCCUAACGCUGGCCUCAGUGACCUAAUGAGCAGCCCAGUCCCGAUCCCUGAGGCACAAGAAAAAUUCCAGGAGCAGAAGGCAAAAGAAGAAGAAAAGGAAGAAAAAGAAGAAAACAAAUCGCAACCUGAAAAAGCUGAGGGAGAAGAUGGAGAAAAAGAAGGAAAAGCCAAAGAAGACAAGGGCAAGCAAAAGUUGAGGCAGCUCCACACUCACAGAUAUGGAGAGCCGGAAGUUCCUGAGUCAGCAUUCUGGAAGAAAAUCAUAGCAUAUCAACAGAAACUUCUAAAUUAUUUUGCUCGCAACUUCUACAACAUGAGAAUGUUAGCCUUAUUUGUCGCAUUUGCAAUCAAUUUCAUCUUACUCUUUUAUAAGGUCUCCACUUCUUCUGUGGUUGAAGGAAAGGAGCUCCCCACUCGUAGUUUAAGUGAAAAUGCCAAAGUUAGCACCUUGGACAGCAGCUCACCUCGAAUCAUUGCAGUUCACUAUGUCCUGGAGGAGAGCAGCGGGUACAUGGAGCCCACCCUGCGCAUCUUGGCUAUUCUCCACACGGUCAUUUCUUUCUUCUGCAUCAUUGGAUACUACUGCUUGAAAGUCCCAUUGGUUAUUUUCAAGAGAGAGAAAGAAGUAGCUCGAAAAUUGGAAUUUGAUGGGCUUUAUAUUACAGAGCAGCCUUCAGAAGAUGAUAUUAAAGGCCAGUGGGAUAGACUUGUAAUCAACACACAGUCAUUUCCCAACAACUACUGGGACAAAUUUGUUAAAAGAAAGGUUAUGGAUAAAUAUGGAGAAUUCUAUGGCCGAGAUAGAAUCAGUGAGUUACUUGGCAUGGACAAGGCUGCCCUGGACUUCAGUGAUGCCCGGGAAAAGAAGAAGCCGAAAAAAGACAGUUCCCUCUCUGCCGUACUGAACUCUAUUGAUGUGAAAUAUCAGAUGUGGAAACUAGGAGUCGUUUUCACUGACAAUUCCUUCCUCUACCUUGCGUGGUACAUGACCAUGUCCAUUCUUGGGCACUAUAACAACUUCUUCUUUGCUGCUCAUCUUCUGGACAUCGCUAUGGGAUUCAAGACGUUAAGAACCAUCUUGUCCUCAGUAACUCACAAUGGCAAACAGCUUGUAUUAACAGUUGGCUUAUUAGCUGUGGUCGUAUACCUAUAUACUGUUGUGGCAUUCAAUUUUUUCCGAAAAUUCUACAAUAAGAGUGAAGAUGGUGAUACCCCAGAUAUGAAAUGUGAUGAUAUGCUAACGUGUUACAUGUUCCACAUGUAUGUCGGGGUACGUGCUGGAGGGGGUAUCGGCGACGAAAUCGAAGACCCAGCAGGCGACGAAUAUGAGAUCUAUCGAAUCAUCUUUGACAUCACCUUCUUCUUCUUUGUAAUUGUCAUUCUACUGGCCAUAAUACAAGGUUUAAUAAUCGAUGCUUUUGGUGAGUUGAGAGACCAGCAGGAACAGGUCAAGGAAGACAUGGAAACCAAAUGCUUCAUCUGUGGGAUUGGCAAUGAUUACUUCGACACAGUGCCGCAUGGCUUUGAAACCCACACUUUACAAGAACACAAUCUGGCCAAUUACCUGUUUUUUCUGAUGUAUCUCAUAAACAAAGAUGAAACAGAACACACAGGACAGGAAUCUUACGUCUGGAAGAUGUAUCAAGAAAGGUGCUGGGAGUUUUUCCCAGCAGGGGAUUGUUUCCGGAAACAGUAUGAAGACCAGCUAAACUAAACUCAGACCCUGAUUGCCUCUGAAAACCAAAACAUACAAGACAUGCAAUCUCUUUUCCUGUUUCUGUCUCUCUCUCUUUCUCUCUGUCUUUCUGGCCCUCUCUGUUCUCUCUCUGCUCUCUUGGAAAUAUCCUGCUGAUUUUGUGAAUUGCCAGCAUUAUAUGCUUUCCGAGAGCAGUGAAGCUCUGUUUCUGAAGACCUGACUGUGCUUUUCCCCUGACCUUUAUUCUUUGAAAAUAAAGACUGAAGAAGAAUCUAAAUUCAUAUACAGACAAAAUAGGAACUCUGGAAAGAAAACCAUCUGGGACACUCUCAGUCAUAACACAGACAGACAGAUUUCUUGCUAAGACUCCUGGAAGUCUCCUUGAGCCACGGGACAUUCACAGAGAAGCGUGGCAGCCACACUCAUCCGGCGUCUUUAUUUCAUCAUCCUGGAAGGAACUCUAAUGGUCACAGAGCACUGUAGCACUUCACACAUUGCUGUGGACACCAGUUACGAAGGGAAAUAGUGCCUUACUAUGUGUGGGUUGAGCUAUGCAGAAGAUGUGUGCAUGAAGAAUAUCUUUAUUUUCUUUAUGUCAACUUUUUUUUCCUUAGAUUGAUUUUGUGACAUUUUUUUCCCUCAUUCUUUUCUUUGGAUGGGGGAGGGUAAGAAAAGCAGUUUUGUGCACCUUUUUCAAAAGACGGUGACCUGUCUCAGGACAAGAGGAGGCUCUUCUCAUUAUGCUAAAUUCACAUUUACCCUCCCCAUGUGUUCUUGUUUUGGUAAUGCUCUGAUGCAACAUUGCAACUCUAUGAAAUCUUUGUAUGAAAACAAAAAGACUGCAAAAAAUACACUCUCAAAAGAAAUAAUUCAUUGCAUGUUUAUUAUGCAAGUUUAAAUGAUCCAAGGAAACCUUCAAAAGCAAGUUGAUUGACGUGAGAGAACUUUCAUGAUAAUUAUAUUCAUAGUAAUAAAGUGCUGUGGGCUUAACUGUACAUUUGGAGCCAGUGUCAUCCACCAACAGUGUGAUACAUUAUGAACUUGACAGUAGUUUGGGUUUUUUUCUCUUUCUUUCGGCCACCUGUGAUCAAUUAUUGAUUAAGGAUUUCUUGUCUGGCCAUUUUUUUUAAUAUCAAAGCUGAAGCAAUAUCCAUUCAGGGAUUUCAUGGUUGCAUCAGAAAACACAGAUGAUUAUAUCAAUCACUCCAUUUUGAGUCCUUUUAAAUGUAAUGCUAACCUUUACAAAUAAAAAGACAUUCAGAAUGGAAGCAAGGUCAUUUUGCAAACAUUGGAGCUCUUUUAUUACAAGUCUGCUUGUUAAUUUUAGAAUUGUAAAACUGCUCUGAUUAAACUAUUUAACUAAC